AUGGCUGCAGCAGCGUCGUGCUCUGCCUCGCCGCUCCUCCUCCCCUCAGGGCCGAGACAUGCGGCGGCCUCGACGGCGUGGCUUCGCGGCGGCGGCGCGUUCAGGAGCAGGGCGCUGAGCUCAGAAGUGUCGUGCUGCUGCAAGGCCGCCUCCGGUAGAAGCGCGGCGCAAUGCAGGGCGGCUGACGAUUUCUUGAUCGGUGGUGGCAGCAGUACCCGGAGGGGGUUGCUAGGAGUGGCCCUGGGAGCUUCUGCCUUGGGGCUGGCAGCGUUUGAUGCCGUCGCCGCCGGGUUGCCGCCCGAGGAGAAGCCCAAGCUCUGCGAUGCCUCCUGCGAAACCGAGCUCGAAAAUGUGCCUAUGGUAACUACAGAAUCCGGUCUACAAUACAAGGAUAUCAAAGUCGGCGAAGGGCCAAGUCCACCCAUUGGUUUCCAGGUUGCUGCAAAUUAUGUUGCUAUGGUGCCAAAUGGGCAGAUUUUCGACAGUUCACUGGAGAAAGGUCAGCCCUACAUAUUCCGUGUUGGAUCAGGACAGGUGAUUAAGGGGCUUGAUGAAGGGAUUUUGUCAAUGAAGGUUGGAGGACUACGUCGGUUGUACAUACCUGGUCCAUUAGCGUUUCCUAAGGGUCUUACUUCAGCACCAGGGAGGCCAAGAGUACCUCCUAGCAGCCCCGUCGUAUUCGACGUCAACUUACUGUACAUACCAGCUGCAAGAAAGGCAUAUUUUCAGUUCGCCGAUGGCAUACUCUAUAAGUUGCACACUGCAACUGACAUGAAGUUCCAUAUCAACAGGAUGGAGACAGCAGUGUGCAUCGCAGCGGAGAGGGAUGCUCUGGUUGCCUUCAACGCCAGCAUCAAGGACCCUCAUGAGAGGUUAAGUUCAUGGAGAGGUGAAAAUUGCUGCGACUGGAGCAGUGUCAGAUGUAGCAAGAAGACUGGCCAUGUCGUCCAGCUGGACCUUGGCGGAUACGCUCUUCAAGGUGAGAUCAAUCCAUCUUUGGCUGGUUUGACCAACUUGGUAUACCUCAACCUCAGCCAAAGUGACUUCAGCGGGGAGAACAUCCCUGAAUUCAUGGGCUCUUUCAACAUGUUGAGAUAUCUUGAUCUUUCGGGUGCCAAUUUUGGCGGUCCAAUCCCACCUCAGCUCAGUAAUUUAACAAGGCUCCGAUACCUUGACCUAUCCGGUUCUCAUAUGAUAACUGUCGGCUGUGAAUAUGCUUCCUUUGCUCGAGCUGUGAAUAUGCUUCCUUUGCUCGAGGUGAUUCGCUUGAAUGACGCAUACCUUCCUGUCACCAACCUCAAUUGUCUUCCUCAGGUGAACUUCACGACCCUUAAAGUACUUGAUCUCAAGAGUAAUAAUCUUAGUUCUUCCUUGCCAAAUUGGCUUUGGAAUCUAUCUUCCGUUUCAGAGUUGGACCUGUCUAGUUGUGGGCUUUAUGGUAGGAUUCCUGAUGAGCUAGGAAAACUGACAUCACUUAAGUUUCUUGCACUAACCGACAACAAGUUGAAAGGUGCAAUACCACAACCAGCAAGCAGUCCGAGCAACUUAGUACACAUUGAUUUGUCCCGCAACCUUCUGUCAGGAGAUAUCAUGAAAACAGCAAAGAAUCUUUUACCUUGCAUAAAGCGUUGGCAAAUUCUAGACCUUUCUGACAACAAAUUAAAAGGAAAUAUAUCUGGAUGGCUUGAGCAAAUGACAAGUUUAAGAGUUCUUGAUCUCAGUAAGAACUCAAUAUCUGGAGAUGUGCCAGCCAGCAUGGGCAAGAUAUCAAACCUGACACAUUUGGAUAUAUCCUUUAAUUCAUUUGAAGGCACGUUAUCAGAACUCCACUUUCUCAAUUUGUCAAGAUUGGACACUUUAGUUUUGUCAUCGAAUUCCUUGAAGAUUGUAAUGAAGCACGGCUGGGUGCCCCCCUUUCAGCUCAGAGAGCUAGGAAUGCAUGCUUGCAUGGUAGGGCCACAAUUUCCAACCUGGCUGCAAUCACAAACUAGAAUCGAGAUGAUUGAUCUAGGUAGUGCAGGCAUCAGUGGUGUAUUACCUGACUGGAUCUGGAACUUCUCUUCAUCAAUUACUAGCUUAAAUGUAUCAACAAAUAACAUAAGUGGAAAAUUGCCUGCAAGUUUGGCACAUUUGAAAAUGCUGACAGCUCUCAAUAUGAGGUAUAAUCAACUCGAGGGAAGUAUUCCUGAUUUGCCAAUUGGUGUUCAAGUGUUGGAUUUAUCCCACAACUACCUGUCUGGAUCAUUUCCACAGAGCCUCGCGGAAGUUGAAUUAUAUUACCUGCUUCUCUCAAACAAUUUUCUUAGUGGAGGAAUCUCAACAGAUCUAUGCAACAUGGUAUCAAUGUUAGUUAUUGAUCUAUCUAACAACAGUCUUUCAGGGGAGCUUCUGAACUGUUGGCGUACAAACUCAAACCUGUAUACCAUAGACUUCUCAAGCAAUAAUUUCUGGGGAGAAAUACCAUCCACCAUAGGAUCUCUAAGUAACCUCGUUACACUAUCUCAGAAAUAA